UUUAAAAAAGGCGGGAAAACAAGAAACAAUCGCGCGCUGCCAAAUCAAAAAUGUAAAUGAGUGAAAAGAUUCAACAACAAGUAACUGGACGACGUUCGUGUUACUAUUUGCACCUUUUGGAAGCUACAGGUUUUAUCAUAGGUGAAGCUGAUCCAAACAAUAACAGAUGUCAGUCUUCACAGCAUGACUGUUUAGUUCUUAAACUCCACGAAGUCUCUGUGCCGGCCUGUCCACCAUGUCUCGCACUGGUGCCAUACAAAGGUUUUCAGCUUCUUCCAACGAACUAUGUAAAGCUUGAGAUUGAGAACGAUGCAGAAGUGGAGAGAAAGAAGAUAAUCGAAGAGCUGGGAAAAGUUGAGAAAUCUCUUCAGAACAAGAGAGAAGUUCUGAAACUGCUCGGCAAGGAACAGAUUGAGCUGAAUGAUUGCAUCAAGGAGAGUCUGAAGCAGAUGGCAGAUGCCAUCUGUGGAUACAUUUUGGAGGAGGUCAUCUGCAAAGCUGUCAGCAUUGCAGAUGACCUAAAAUCACAAAGAUCAAUUAAAAUAGCUAAAGAGCUGUUUGAGAAAGAAAAGGAGGAGCUUGCAGAGCGACUCGACGCCCAAAUUAGAGAGAUCGCAUUCUUGAAUAAGGAAAUGGAAGCUACCGCGCUAGCAGUCACAUCACAAGUUGAUGUCUCCUGCCAAGCAUCUAUUGACACCCUCGAAUCCUCUACAGAAACAGACCUUUUCCGAAAGUCACAUGAUGCCUGCUACCAAGCUGCCAUCUACGCCGCCGAGUCCUCUACUCAAACAGACUUUUUCCCAAAGACGCGGCGCCCCCUUAUUGCGCGUCUGUGGAAGAUGUGCAGGGAGAGGAUCCGGCGGCGUAGGGGCUCUAGGAGCCCUGCCCAAUAAUUUACCAUAUGGAUUUGAUGGCUACAAAGUAAAAAUCCAUUACAUAGAUUUACGCAUCCUUACUUCCCUCUCAACUCAUUCAUUCACUUGCUGCCGAUGAAGCAAUCUAAUGAAUACUUCACACAACAUAAUUGUAUUAUCCCGUGCAACCAGCGCUAAGAUCACCGUAUUCACCAAUCGCUCGACAAACAAGACAAGAAAAUGUUGAUUAACAGCUUCUCAGCAUCUUCCAACAUGGUGUGCAAGCAUGUUUUCGCCGUUCGCACGGAGCUUAAGUUUAAUUUUUUUUUCUUGCCUUCCCCAUGUUUAAUACAAUUCGACCCCACUAGCUCAUCUUGGGGGGACACGCCCAGAGCACCUGUGCACCCUACAGCGCAGGUGCUCCUGAUGAGGGGUUAGGGCGGGGCAGAGCUUCGCGACACCAUGUGUUCAUGGGCCCCAAUGAUUCCGAGUUGGGUGUGUCCCCUCAAGAUGACCAUUUUAAGAGACUCAACCUUUUAUAUCUAUAUCUUUUAAUUAACAAAAAUAAUAACCGGAACAUGUAUUCGUCAAAAAUGCCAGGGCGAUGCUAGGGUGACAUAAUGGGGACCAAUAAGACCACUUAGAACUUCUGAAAUGUUAAGAAGUGCGUGUGCAUUCAACAAUCAAUUUAUUAUAUUUCGUCAAAGCUACCAUGCAGUUAUGCUUUCAAAUGUACUUUAAUACAAGGUGUGCAAGGAGAUUAUUUUUUAUUAUGAAAGUUAUAAAUGGUGUUUAUAGAAAGCUGACAUAUGUGGCUAAAUUACAAAGCAAGCCUUGAAAGCAUAAUAUUGUAAUAAUAAAAAGGACUGCAAAACACA